AUGAAAGUUGACCGGCAGUACUUGGACGGGCAGGAGGAGGUGUAUCCCCUACACAAGCUCGACGAUAUCAAAAGUUUUCGUAACAAUGUGAUAUGGAUGAUGCGAUUCAAUGAUGUCCUUGAUGCUGAGAAAUUGGCCGAUUCAUUGUCGAGGCUGCUGGAGAUUGGAGAUUGGAAGAAACUAGGUGGGCGAUUGAGAUUCAAGGCGGAUGGAAAAUUGGAAGUUGUCUUCCGAAAGUUACCUGAAACUGGAGAACGGAAUGUAUUCUUCACUCACGACUCUUAUGAGAUGCGAAUCCAAGACCAUCCGCUGGCAAGUUGUUUACCGAACGCGACAGAUGGACCGUCUACCCAUCUAGUUUCGGAGGACUUUCGACCUUUUAUUGCUCGUCCGAAUUAUCCAUCCUUUGUUCAGUCAGUACAACGAAGAGAACCUUCCAUUGCGCUUCAUGUCUCUUCUUUCAAGGAUGCGACGCUCGUCGCACUUUCAUGGCCUCAUGUGUUGAUGGAUGCCUCGGCCGGGAAGGCCCUCUUGUCUGGCUGGUCAUCAGUGUUGGCGGGUCGCGAGAGCGAUGUCCCUGUGGUAACAGGCGCACGAGAGGACAUUCUCCUGCAAGCGACGGCAUCGGAAAAACUGGAAAAUAGCGAAGAAUUCAAACUUGAAAAGAACUGUCUCACUGGAGUCAAACUACUUGUCUUUCAAUUGCGGUGUUUGUGGGACAAGUUCUGCAACCAGCCUCGGCAACAGCGAGCCUUGUUUAUACCCGAACCCGUUCUCAAUAAGCUCAAAGCUGAGAUUCUCCAGGAGAUCGAGAAUGAAGGCCGGAGCACUCAGGAUGUGCCAUUUGCCAGCGAAGGGGACAUCCUAAUUGCAUGGAUAUGUCAAGCAGCGGCAUCUACCAUGCCGAGGCCCCGCCCAAUGGUGAUCAUGAGCUUCUUAGACAUUAGACCGCGGAUUCCCGAGAUACGCAAAUCGACCGAGGUAUUCUUGCAGAAUAUGGUCCUUUCGACGUAUGCUUUCCUAUCUGCGAGGACUGCCACGGGUUCUAUAGGUGCUGUGGCAGUGAGCCAUCGCCGUCACUUUGCCGAGCAGUCGACCGAGAAGCAGACGCUUUGCUUUUUGAAGCGUGUUUACCGCGAUAUUGAUGUGGCUAAAAACCCCAGGCUCUUUUUUGGAGAGUCAACUGCCGUGCCCAUUCUGAUCAACAACGUGAGCAAGGCAGAGUUGAUUAAACUUGUCGACUUUGGUCCUGCGGUUCUGCAUCAGGGCGAGAGCUCCGAGACACGGAAAAAUCCAGUGGGAAGUAUGGUUACUUACUGGAAUGAAGGUCUCGAACGGGGCUGGAGUGGUUUCAAUGUUUGCUGGAUACAAGGAAGAGACCAUCGAGGGAAUUUCUGGAUGAUGGCAAACCUUCUGCCUCGGACAUGGGCAAAAUUAGAGGAGCAUUUGCGGCGGUUAUAUGAGCAAGGUCCAUUGAAUCCAUGCAAUCAAAAGUGA